UUUGGUUACAGACGACAGACGCUCAGCUGACGGAGAGCGAGUGUGUGUGUGUCAGUUCCUCGGCUCCUCGGGGGGUGGCGUGUCCUUGUUUCAUUUGUCGGAGGAUAGGAAGGAGAGAGCCAGUAAGUAAGGAGAGACGCUCAAAAGGACAGAAAUGAAGGAAAGGGAAAGGGUACCAAAACCCGGAGGCACAGACAGGACAAGGCCAAAGCCCUCUACAAGACCUGCUCCUGCAACCAAGGAACCUACUACGUCAAGGACAAGGCCAGCUCCCGGCGCACCCAAACCCUCCUCGUCCUCGUCAAAAUCAUCGUCCUCUGGAACCAAACCUUCAACGAGUGGUGCAAAAUCAUCCUCAUCCACGUCAAAGUCAUCAUCGUCCACAUCAAAAUCGUCAUCGUCCAGAGCCCCUGCAUCGUCAUCCAGAGCCCCUGCGUCAUCAUCCAAAGCCCCUGCAUCAUCAUCCAGAGCCCCUGCAUCAUCAUCCAGAGCCCCCGCAUCAUCAUCAAAGUCUCCAGCAACAAAAUCAUCGACAAGGUCAUCCUCAAAGCCCCCGUCAGAUUCAUCGAGGGCUCCAAAGGCUGCAGCCUCAACCUCCUCCUCAAAAUCCAGGUCGUCUUCAAAGCCAGACGAGAAGCCAUCAGCAAGUAAUGCCAGACCUCCAAGACCAAGUAACAAAGAUGUCAGAUCUAAUCAUACAAGUUCAAGGAGACCAGGGGAUUCAAGGUCGCCGUCCAAGGCAGACCGAGAGUCUCGCAGGGGGGAGAAGCCCACCUCCAAGUCAUCGUCAAGCGGUAGCAGCAGGACAAAAGACCGUGAGCGAAGUAAAGAUGAAAAACGUUCUGAUCCAAAGUCAAAGGACAGGAGUAGCACUUCCAAAAGCCAGAGAGAUACUUCAGUAAGAAAAGAGAGAGACAAAGGCGACAGUGUGAAAUCAUCGAGCAGAAGUAAGCGAAGCAAUGAUGAGGAUUCAACAUCAGCUGCAAAAGACAGAGGUAAAGGAGAUCAUGUAAAAUCAUCCAGUAGAAGUAAGCACAACAACGAUGAUGAGCCACCUUCAGAAAGAGGACCGAAGGAGCACAAAGAGAAACCAAAGGAAAGAAUCAAAUCCAGCAAGUCCGAUAGAAUCAAGAGUUCUCGAACGAAAGAGAGACCUGCCGCAGAGCAAAUUGUACCAAGGGAGGAAGCAAGUGAAGAACAAGAUUCUGGUGUUGGUGUGAAUCUGAAGGGCCCUGUGAUCAGUCCGAACGGCCUAGGAUCAGACAUGGACGCAGUUGACCAGAACCAAAAUAGUCUUGAAACAAUGGAGUCAGGAAUAUCGCUAUCAUCACCAAGAGACCUAAGCGAAGUUGAUGUAGAGGAGUCCAUAUCUUCAAAGAUGGUUGAGGUUGACGAAGAGCAGGAAGAAGAUCUCGAUGAAGAGGAUGAGGCUAUGAUCGACAACGAAGAAAGUUUCCUGGACAGCCAUAUGGAGGGCAAAUUUUCCCAGGAUGCAAGUAUGGACAUGGCAGGUGAAACAAACCAAACACAGGGUGAUGAUGAAGAUGACGAUGAUUAUGAGGAAGAUUUUGAGGAUUAUGAGUCAGACUUUGAAGAUGAUGAUGGAGAUGAGGAUGAAGAUGAUGAUGAUGAAAUGGAUGAUGAUAGUGUUGAUAGUGAAGCUGAAGAUGACAGUGCUGAUGAAGAUACUGAAGAAGAUAGUGAUGUAGGUGAGACAGAUCCUAAUAUGGCUGAAGUACUGAAAGCUUUACAAGAGGAAAAUGAAAUGAAGAAGAGAGUGCAACGUACAGUUGUUUUUGAUGAACCAGAGGUGGAUGAAGAUCCAGAACCAUUACCGGCACAGCAUGAAGAACCUAAAAUUGAACCAGUGUUGGACACUUACCCCACAGUUAAACCUGCUGAGGCUCCUAACCAGAGACCAAAGACCUCUCGAUCUUUUGUCAACUUCGCUGUUGCUAAGCAGAAGCAGACUGCAGCACAGCUGUCUUCUAAAAUGAGCACUCGAGGGCAGAAGCUGUUGAACAUGAUACAGCUGGACACUGUUACAGUAGAAUUACUGACCUUGGCACCAGUUUCCUACGAGGCAUAUAUUUCCAGCUUUGGGCAUUCUAACAGACAACAGGUGAGCAUCCAGACAAACGAGGAUGCUUUGAGUGAGGAAGUCCAGACUGAUGAAAUUCUGAAAAGGGAUAAGUGGACCCAAAAACCUGUACACAUAAGCAUUGGCAAGGACGAAAAAUUGCCUGGCCCUGAGGACUACCUUGGGGUCGGAGGUGACUUGGAUCCCGUCACUUUCACGGAGAGUUCAAGCAGCAACACAGGACGGCUGACCUCCUUCCUUACGUCGGCAUCACAGGUGAUGCUGGCACUCCUGGAAGAGGAGUUAGUGUGGGAGCUAGAGCACACCACAAAGACAAAUGAUGUGUCCACUACAUCUGAUGGCCUUGGUUUCUCUCACCCACCCAUACCCAUGGGCUCCAAUGUCCAGUCUCUUCUUGAAGGGCGCCCUUCUCCUUUUGUUCAGUUCUGCGAGAGCGAGCCAAUGAUGCUCUUGUCUGGCCAUGGGUUCAGAAAUGUGGAAGAAGAAUCUGAAGGUGAGGUCAAGUUGAAUGAGAGCAGUCUCAUUUGUGUUUGGUGGGUCCAAGAACCCUCGCGUCCUCAGCACCUUCUUAGUUCUCGCUCAGUACCCACUAGUGCCACCUUCAGUCCUGGCCGUCCAUCACUGGUAUUGGCUGGCUUAGAGGAUGGUUCCUUAGCAGCAUGGGACCUCCGUGAGCCUGUCACCCUUCACACGCUGCAUACAGAAAUAGGGGAGGUUAUGUGGAAAGUUCGGGUACCAUCGUUUGUCACAGCCUGCAAUGAAGUUGGCGAUGGAGAAGGAAGCAAAAUUGUUUCUAUACAGGCUGUAACCAACCAGGACGAUAUGGAAAUGAACAAUCAAGGAUCAUUUCAGGUUGUUACUUUGUCUAGGGAUGGAAGAGUAACGUGGUGGGUUGUUGUGCGGGUCCCACUUGUGAGUGCCGUUGGAGACAUACUUGGAGGGAAGAAGUCAGGUAUUAACAUCACUAAGAGUAAUUCUGCAGUUGUCUCUCCACAUCUGGGAGCUUCACCGUGGUCGAGGAUCGCUCUUAACCGAUCAGCGACAAUCAGUGUGGCUACAACGCUUUAUGGUGAGGAAGUACUUAGUGAUGCGAUUUUAUGCCAUGAUCUGAGGUUAGAUUUAAGUGACCCAAGUCAGCUGUACGUUGCAACUGGGAGUGGAGCGGUUGCUCACUGUUCCCGCCACUCUUCACGUAUGCAUCCACGGGCCUACUUGCCUGAAAUUGAACCUGGAUGUGAAGCGCUCUGCCUUGCUAUAUGUCCUCAUGACCACCGGUACAUACUCGUUGGAGGCAGUGACGGUGUUGUGAGACUCCACAGCACUGCCCUGGAAAGGCCUCUAACAUCCUGGCAGUCCUCUCCUGACUGUGUCCCUGUGGUGGACCUCCAGUGGUCACCUGCCCGACCUUGUGUCUUUUACGUGCUGGAUGCUAAUGCUAGGUUACAUAUAUGGGACCUCAGUGCAGGUGACAUCUUCCCAGUGCUGACAGUAGAAACAGGAGGCUUAGUAGGUGGAGUUUUAAGCUCAUUCCACAUUGCUCCCACAAAGAGAACUUCACAUCAGCCUCUCCAUGGUGUGUUUGCAAAUGACCAGGGAGAGUUGGUGCUGCGGCAGGUCAGUCCUGAAUUUUGCACACAUCAAGUACUCGAAGAUUACAACACAGAGCUGGAAAGGUUUACGUACUAUGUCAAUAUUAUUUAGAAUCUUGCGCAGGUACAACAUUCCUCUGUUUUGUUGUUUUAGGGUAAUAUAAGAAAUUUAUACAAGUGGUAUUAAACAAAGCCAUACAAAUAUGAUUAAUUAAAUAACAUGAAGCGAAGAUGCUAGUCAGAAUGAUCAUGCAAUUGGAAACAACGUGCUAGUCAGAUCUUACCAAUGAAUUACAAGAUUUUUGUGUAAGCUCUAUGUGUAUAUAUAGUGUAAGGUAGUAUAUUUACAUAUAUAUAUAUGAAUAUAUAUUUUUAUCAUUUUGUUUUUUAUCUUAAUUUGUUUAGUUUGAAUAUGUUGAUUGGAAUUAUGAAAGUUAUCUGCCUUUAUUGAUAUAGUGACAAUAAUUUAUGGAGAUAAGGAAGCAAAAAAUUAAGUAGGAAGGGAAUGUUAAGGAAACUUGUGCCCAGAGGAACUGAUGAGGACAGUUAUACAUUCAGUAGCAGUUGGUUGUGCCUUCUUAUUCUGUUAUGAAGCAUUUAUGGAUGCUAUUUUUUGAAAGGCAUUCCCUAGUCAUUAGACACAACCCUGAGAAUGUAUAAAGUACUUGUCAUACAAAGACAUUCAAAAAUUUGUGGAUUGUAGUGUUUUUUUGUUUUUUUUUUUCAGAACCAAACUAUAUGAUAUAAGUUGAAACGUGUAUCUCUUUUUCUUGUCAGUUGAUGAGAAUACUUACAGAAAAUCUGGUUAUUGGUUUGCUUGCAAAGACUUCUAUCUUUACUGGAGGUAGACACUGAAUUUUCUAAACAACUUCUAGAUAUUUUUGAAGUUAGUGAAAGACCUAAUGUGCCAUAAAGUUCUUUUUGCCAGAAUACUUUCCAUAUUGACAUACAGAAACAGCUAGAUGUUAGCUGAGUGUUAGUUUGAUUUUAAAUCUCUGGAGUGUCUGGAGCAGUGUAUUUUAGGCCAAUUAUUGGUCUGAAAGUCCUUUAAGUAUCAUUAUGAUUUUUUUUCCUUUUUUGUGACUUAUAUCACCACAUGAAGAUGAUUAUGAAUAAAUACACUAGCAAUUAUUGGUGGUUGGGAAGGUGAAAAGCCUCUCCAGUCAUUGGUAUUUUGAUCUCUAAAGACUGGGGAUGCACAGGUAAGUGUAUUUUGGAGCAUAACCUCUCAGAAAGCAGUGAGAUAUUUCCGCUUUCCUUUCUCUGCCUGUUGGGGGUAAGGGUAUGUGUAGAAGUAAUUAUGUUUAUGUUUGGCAAUUAGUAUAUAAGAAAACAGAGGAAAGAACAGGAAAACACAGGCUUAUGCCUGAAGGCAUAAGAGAACAAAAUCUAGCUGUGUUGAAAAGGCAAAUUUUAUGCCUUUUGCAGUGUUGCAGCAAAGGAAAGCUAAGGCCUUUUGGGGUUACAUUAAUGAAUAGGAACUGCUAGAUGAAAAACAAUAUUUUGCAUGUGGGAAUAAUUUGCAGACAGACUUUUGUAUCAAGAAUAAAUCUAGGAACCAGCCAUCAGGUGAAUAGUGGACUUGUUAGGUGCUUUGUAGGUGACUCCUUGAAUAUUAAGUGUUAUUUAAGUACAAUAAACAGUUAGGUAAGAAAUAUAAUAAGACUUGAGCUCUAGUUAGGCUCUUUUAUCCACUGUAAAUGAUGUUGCUCAGGAGGAGAAACACAGUCCAAGUAGCUUUUGAUUCAGAGUAUAAAGAGAAGUUACAGGACUUUCUGUUUAUUUUCUUUCAAGCUAAAGAGACGUAUUUAAGAAUUAUUGUGGUUCAUUCAUGGAUGUCACAGCUAAGAAAAUUGCAGUGAAAGUAAUAGUAUCCUGUGAGAACAUGCAUAGACCUCGGAAUAUUGUUCAGACAAGAAUAAUGAAAUUGAAAUACCAGUAGGUAUAGCAAGAGGAAAAAUAUGAGCCAGGUGAUUUGUAAGUGUACCAAGUGAUGUAUUUGCACAUGCUAACAUGCUGUGAUAUUAUGUUGUGUCUUAUUGUCCGUCCAUGUUAAGGUAAGACAACAUAUAUUGUAAAUUCUGGCUUAUAAUAGUGAAUGAAGGUCAUAUGAGCUUGGUUGGUCAAGUUACACUAGUCUUCAUAGUCAGGAAAGGUGGAAGUGAAUUCACUGGUAAAAAAACUUACAGAUUUGUCUUCGAAAAUUCUUUUUAUUUAUUUUGUGUUUCAAGGGCACUGACCCAUCGUUUUUCACAAAUCUCUUCUAAGGAGACAGUCAGAUCAAUAGGACACUUUAGCAUGAUAUGUUUCACACCCUGCCCUAUUUUCGAUGCUGUAGUGCAUUACCUAAAUGUACUUAAUUAUGGCAUAUUUGUCCAUAUAUUUUUUUUUUUUUUUUUUUUUUUUUUUUUUAAUAGUGGAUAAAAAAUACAGGUAUUUAAAGCCAUUUACCCUUGACUUUUCUAGCUUAGUAUCCUUCACCUUCAAAUUGGUAAAGUGUCACAUAGUUGUAAUGUUUACAAAUCCACUACCUUGCCUUCCUUACCUCUGCUUCCCUUUCCUCCCUUCUUGCCUCCUUUUUCAGUCAUUCACAUUUCCCUCCACUCUCUCCCAUUCUC